GUUUCGCGAUAUUUUACAGUAACUGUAGCUCUACCUCACGCUGUUAGCCACGUAGCUUAGCCGCGUGAGCUAGCCAUGUAGCUUCGCUAAAAGCCGAUUCGAUUUGCUAGAAAAAAACAAACAGAUUUUUUAAAAAGUUUAUAACUUUUUACCCUUUUCAUUUUAUUUGUUAUGUCUUCUAAAAGGUGUGCCGAAAGGAUGAGUUAUAGUUAAAUAUACGGAACGUAAUUUCUUACUUGUGUAUUAUCUGUGUACACACUAUAUUAAUGUCGAUGGUACACACAUUAAAUGUAGAAACAGUGUAAAACUGUGUAUUUCAUGUUAGGAUUUGGUGUGUUAGUGUGUGACAGGCGACGAAACUGCCGCACUAAAGCAUGUAGCAGAGCUGCCUUCCAUAAACGUGAAGGCUAAUUACAGGAAAAGCUCAUCAGUGUUAACCCAAAGCUUAUGGAUCCCAGUGAACCUGCAGAAGGACAAAAUGAGCCAUCAGAGCAGUCAAUCAACAUCUCACCAAGCUCCAGUGGUCGACAACGGAAGAAAAAUCCUAAGUAUUUGGAUUAUGAGAUGAACGAUGCGGGUGUCGAUAAAACCAUCGAGCAGGCACCAUCGAAGAAGAGUUCAGAGGGGGAUGGAGCCAGCCUCCAAAAGGGCCAAAGGAAAGGAAGAAAACCUAGAGCUGCUGUACAAAAACCAUCUGACGGGAAAAAAGCAUCGACAGAUUCUGUUGGUGAAACGGUCGCAGCAACUCCUAAAAAACGAGGAAGACCCCCAAAAACGCCGAAGCCUUCAGAAACGGUCACCGCUGAUGGAAAUCUCCCAGCUGGUAAGACUGAAGAAAGUGUAGCUGAAAAGUCUGCCCAGCAGGAAAAUGUGACUCCAAAUGCAAAGAGGAAGUACGUGAGGAAGAAGGCUCAACAGGUUGUUGAGGAUCCACCUCGUGAGAAGGAUCCAGCAGAACCUGAAGAUCAGACUGGCGGCCGUCACAGGAGAGGCGCUGCAAAGGCAGCUUUGAAGUACCUGCACACCUUGGCAAAGGAGAUGAUCUCUCAUGCCAGUGAGGAACCCGGCGCCAACCGGGAUGACAGUGUCCCAGAAAAGAAAGGUCCUGGACACAGAAACGGCCGCAGGAGGAAACGCUAUGACAGCGCCGCUCCAGAGGAUGAAGACUUUGUACCCAAUGUCGAAGAAGAGGCUGAUGAGAUGGAAAGUGAAUCAGAAGAAGAAUACGUGGCGUCAGAUUCAGACGUUUUUGUGCCUUUGAACACCAGCAGGCAACAAGCAUGUUCAGUUGGACAACCUGCUAAUGUAGUUUAUUUUAAAGCGGUGUGGGAAGCUGCAGAGACGACGAAGAAGUUCCGCGAGGAGCACUACAGCAGCUGGGUGUUUCCAGAGUGGGUUCCUUCCAUCAAAGACUGGGACUUUGUGGCAGAAAGUAAUCGGGAGAAAUAUCUUCCUGAAGAACUUGAAUCAGUUGAGUUCAGCGUGACCAGAGAAGGUCUGCAGAAGGAGGAGAAGCUCCGGCUCAGCAGGUUUGAGUCGGUCCCGGCUCACUCGGAUCGUUGGGAUAUGCUUCUGUUUGCUGGCGGGCCGGUCUGGGCUCUGGAGUGGUGUCCGACCCCCGAUGGCGCCCCUGCCACUCAGUACGUGGCGCUGGCCUGCUACCGGGGGAUGGACGACGUCCACCGUGUGAACCAGACUUACACAGAACCCGGACUGGUUCAGCUGUGGGGCUGUGGGAGACUGAAGUACAACAACAGACCAGACUCCCAGCCAGUCCUGGUCUACGGCUUAGCCCAGGACAAAGGCUUCAUCUGGCAGCUAAAGUGGUGUCCUGCAGGAGGAUGGGAGCCUCCCAGCAGUAGCAGGAAGGCUCCUUUCCUGCCUCGGCUGGGCCUUCUGGCUGUAGCUACCUCCAACGGCGUGGUCACCAUCUACAGCCUGCCUCACCCUGAUGCUCUGCUAUCCAACCAAAAAUGUCCCACCCCCAAAAAAGACGACGCUAAUCCACCAAUAUACAAGGUGCGAGGUGUGAUGACGCUGAAGUUAGGCUCCAUCAAAGCCCCCCGCAGAGAAAAGAGUGGACAGGUCCUUUCUAUGGACUGGCUGCCUCAGAAACCACACAACAUAAUGGCUGUUGGAUUCUACGAUGGUAUCGUCGGUUUGUGGGAUCUUUCAACUAAGUCUGCUCUGCUGCGAGUGCGAGAGUCAGACAGGUCUUUGACCCUUCUGCCUUACAGGUGCAUACUUGCUCAUGACCAAGCGGUGAGGGCUCUGACCUUCUGUGCUGCUUCCAGACACCUGUUGGCGACAGCAGGUGAGGACCGCUAUGUGAAGACGUGGGACCUGAGGAGACUCUUUGAGCCCAUCAAGGUCCAGAGACGAUAUCUGAGCAACGAGAUGUGCUGGCCGUUGGAUAUGCCGGGGGUCAUGAAGGCCAAAGAUUUAGCUUUCGUGCCGCAUGGUUCCAUGGGAGUCCAUUUCCUGGACCACAACCUGAACACCUACUUUGCUAUUUCUCGGAGCAUCGCUGUGUGGUCACUCUCUUACUCCGAGUGGGUAAACGGUGUGCUAUCAGCUGACGCGCUCGGUGAGGUGAUUUUCACCUUUUUACCAGUGGUUCAGUACGCCGCUCCUCACAUCAAACGAACAAUAUUGAAACGAUUUCCUGCGUACUUCACAUCUAAGAUGUUACGUGAUGAAGCUGAAAAUGAUCACGAAGGUCCUGAAAAGGAGGAACAUGUUGCACAGGAAGGAGGUGAUGCUGCUUCUGAGGGAGGUGGAGUUAGAAACGAUGCGAGUCGUCCUUUGAUGGGUCCGACGUACAGAGAUGCUGCUAAGAGACACCUCGUGCAGUUUUCUGACUUUGAUAUGACAAACCUUGAAAGAAUAGAGAAGCGAGCUUUGUGGAAACGCAUGCAGAGCACAGAAGGAAAAUUAAAGAUGGAUCUUGAUGAAAUGCCUUUGACCGCGCUACACAAGGUACGGUUCAGCCCAAACAUGAGCAGCCAUCUCUGGCUCGCCUCUGGAGGUCAGACAGGUCUGGUGAGACUUCACUGCUUAAGGAGUUUGGUCACCUCUCAGUGCAAGAAGAUGAUUGCUGGCACCCAGACUCAGUUCAACGCACUCUACUCACAGAAAGACCAGAGGGAGGAGCAGCUAUAGCAGCAGAAGGUGGAUCAUGUUGUCAGGUUUUAUCCAGAUAAAUAUGUUAUGGGUCAGUUUGCACAAAAAUACCCCAACACCACUACAUGUGUAACGAGAACUGGGCAAAUAAAAAGCACUGAAAAGCUAAAGUAUGUUCCCAAAGUAAAUAACAAAUCUAAAUUCGCGCUCAAGCAUGACGGAGCAGGACUGUCCUCCUGUGACAUCAUCAUCACUUCCUGGUACAGGUCAUUUAAACCUUGAAAUUAGCCCCGGUCUUCCUGGACGGCUGCUUAGUUGAUUGGUUUAAUGAAGGUGUUCCUUUUUAUUAUUCGUUCUUGGUCACACAAAUUCUACUUUUCGCUCUUAAGUAUUCUUUUAUUUAAUGGCGUAUUUGUAUAAAGCAAUCCUCCUCAUCAUCUCUAGAGGAUUUUAUGAAAAAACUGAGAGUUUUAGCUCAAUUUGUGUUUUAUUUAUAUAUUUUUUUAUUUUAGGAGCAGCAAACAAACUCAGGCUACAUCAUUUUGAGGAAAUACUUGAAUUUUCUCAGGUUUACAUUUAAAAUAGACACUUUUAUUGUCUUUUUCUGUUGUUUCCAUCUUGUUCUGCAGUGAUAUAAAUGUGUUUUUGUAAAAUAUGCUGGAAUGUGUUUUUACACCCUUAGAAAAACAGAGAAACUGUGAAUUAUAGAUGGUAGUUUCUCUGCUUUGGUGCAACUAUAUCCAGAUUAAAUUCAUGGUUUUAAGCUGAUACUUUCAGAAAAAAGAGGAUUGUGUCUAAAGUUAUUAACUGAUUUUAUUAUUAGGACUUAUAAAUAUGAAGCAACUAAAAGUCCAUCACCUACAUCUGUUGGUACUUUUAAAUGUUGCACAGACAAAUGUUCUUCCUGCUGGACUGUUGCCGCAGAUGCCUUUCAAAUAAACCAGCCAUCAUUCA